UUGAGGCGCAAAGAUACGUCCAAAGGCGUGCCUUUGCGCGUGCUCUCGCUGGACGGAGGAGGGAUUCGAGGAUAUUCCAUGCUGAUCAUCCUGCAAGAGUUGAUGCAUCGCACAUUCGUCGAGAUCGAAGGGAGAGCGCCAAAGAGACAUGAGAUACCCAAGCCAUGCGACCACUUCGAUUUGAUCGCGGGCAACGGUACCGGUGGGCUGAUCGCCAUCAUGCUCGGCCGUCUGCGACUGGACCUGGACACCUGCAAAGAGGUGUACGUGCGCAUGACGCGGAGGGUAUUCGAGUCCGACAAGACGCUUUUGGGAAUGCCUCUGAAGGGGACCAUGUUCAAGGCGACCAAGUUGGAAGAGUCGAUUCGCGACUGUGUACGCGAGCACACCGUCUUCGAUCACGAAGGAAACGACAGCCUGGCAAAUGCGGUCCCCAUGACUCCCGGUUCGCCGAUCAAUACUUCCACACCAUCGACGCCUCAUUCUCCAAACCGGACGAUGAGCCAAGGCAGUCGGUAUAGUCAAAUCGGGCGGGCGCCUUCGGAUUACAGAACCUCUUUCAACUCGUCGCGUCUGGGAAAUCCAAACGCACUGCUGUAUGACACUCGGGAGAAUCGGACGAAGACGGCAGUGACGGCGGUGCUCAAGGGAACCCCCGUCACCACAUUGCUCCGCUCGUAUGAUUCCCGACGAGAGGCCGCUCCAGAUGUCAAUUGUACCAUUUGGCAAGCGGGCCGAGCGACCGCCGCGACUCAGAUGGCUUUCAAGCCUAUCCAGAUCGGUCAAUCGGUCUACCUCGACGAAGGCGCAGGCAGAUACAAUCCUUCUCCCAUGAUCCUGGACGAGGCGGUUCAGAACGAAUGGCCAGGCCGGGCGGUCGGCGUUUUCGUCAGCAUUGGAACGGGCAAGCGUCCCGCCAGCACUACGAGUAGUCAGCACGAGUGGUGGGCAGGUCUGCUAGGCAGCAGCAUGGACGAUUUCGCGGACGCUCGGCGGAAGAUGAUUGCGAAACUCGAGGCUUGUGAGGACAUCCAUGAGUUCAUGGUCAACCACCAUCUAGCCGCGCGAGGCGUCGCGGUCGAGGACUACUUUCGGUUCAACGUCGAGAUCGGGGUCGGAGAAUUCGGCAUGAACGAGUGGAACCGUUUGGCAGAUAUCAGCAUCAACACCCGGAGAUAUCUCGCGGAAAACGCGACCCAGACACAGAGUGCGAACACCGCGACGAAGCUCGCCAAAGUGCAUCUGGCCAAGAUUCGGCACGAGCGUGCAGAGGCCCGACGACAAUACGGCCACGACGGGCCUCAGUAUGGUCAGCCAGGUCAACAAUCAUCAUACAACAGCCGACCUUCCCAAGCCGGUCCCAUCGCCGUCGAACUCCCCGGCGAUGAAACCUUCCCGGAGGAGUCAUUUUACGAACGCAUGCACAACAUCGCAGACCAGAAAUAUCCCAUCACAGCGUCGGAUCCGCACUACACACCUCACCACAGCACCUUGAACUACCGCUACUCC